AUGUCUCGCGAGAUGCUAUGCAAAUUAUGCGUUCAGAACCGGGCCGUUGAACUGGACCUGGAGGCAUCUCGUUUGAAAUCGGUCAACAAACUGAUGCAACGUCUCUUCGAAUGUUACAGUAUCGAUAUCACUUUAGUUGGCGACCGUCCCUGCAUCUGCGACACUUGUUUCGGGGACCUUGCGCACCUCAACAAUUCCCUGGAGAAAUGGAGCAAGGCCCAGCGUGACCUGAAGGAUGCACCUUUGGAAAUAGACGACUCCCAGGUCUUUCAGGUCAAGCAGGAGCCCCCUUCCUCGGAUGAUGAAAUGGACGAGGAAUCAGAGACAAGUAACACAGAAAUGGAAGUCCCUUCGAACUUAAGUGAGGCGCCACCAACCCAGCCCGAAAAUCUGGAAUCCUUGAAUGAUACUUCGAACAAAACUUUUGCGGCCGGAAUCGGACGGGAUGGUCUGGUUCUGGUCAAGUUGAUAAAGGACCAGCGCAAUAACAGCAAGAUUUUAUGCACUUGCUGCAACCAAAUCUUUGACUUUCUUCACCAGGUGCGAAUCCAUACAACAAUGCCCAGAAAUAAUCCUGAAUACAUGUGUCGUGAGUGUGGUGGGAAGUUCCCCAGUGCGGAAGCUUGCAGGGAGCAUCAUUCCACAGCUAAAGACCACUCUCUGCCACAUACUGACUACAGGCUGCGCAGGGAAGUUGAGUUCUGGUCCUUUGCCCGUGAACAGAGGUUCCAGCGGUAUUCAGACAUCGUUAAAAACGAGUCAAUCUUAACCCGUGCUCUGGCGGUAAAAUGUGAUAGGUCUCCGAUGCACUCAAAGUUCCAAAGGUCCAUCGAAGGCCGUGCUCUCGAGCCCCUUCCAGUACACAGGGGGCCCAGUGCAUGCAAAAGGAAGUUCUCGGUUCGGCCGGAAUGUGCAAAGCGAAGUCUUCACUCUGGGAAAAUGCACGAACUUGGUAAAGGACUUGUAUGUAAAUUUCACGAAGAAGGAGAAUUCAUAAGUCUACCGAUGGCACUGACCCUGCAGCCAGGCAAAUAUAUAGCGCUAAAUAGUAAGGUGAACUUGAAUAAUUCUCAUAAGCAUAAGAAAGUAUAGAAAUGUAUUUAUGUAUGUAUUAAGCAAUUAUAAGUGUAGGAUUUAAAGAGAAUAAAUGUUAAAUGUUUGUAGCUUGUACUACAUUGCAAUAAAUAUUGUUUUUAGGGUAAUUAUAUUGUUUCCACAACCAUA